AUGGCCUUGCCUUUUCAGCUGGCCGAGAUGUUGCGAGAGCCUCGUCUCCAGCCGCAGGCGGCACCGCAUCUCCUCACCACCUGCCAUUUUGCCACGCUCCCCGCUCUGCCGACCUUGGUCCCGGGUCCGUGCCCCGGUCCGGCCGAGACGGGCCCGACGGUCAGUCCCCAAUCGGCCAGCGGCGAAGCCGGCGGAACAUCACUCGCCAACCAUCUGCUCGCUUGUUCCAACUACACCGUCUUGGCUCGUCGGCAGACGCGACCAGGCCCCUCGGCGGCAGCGCAUCCCACCGGCCUCUUCUUCACCGGCCUUCUACCGCCACCGUCGGUACCAUCAGCGCCGGAGGGACCGCCGAUCGCCAAUGACGUCGGGCUGACAACCUCGAGCUCGCCGUUGUCCCGAGGCUGUCAGUCGCCGGGUCGGACCGCCGACCAGCCGCACCAACACCGGCUCCAACAACAGUCGGUCAUGCCGAUGCUCCCGUCGGCCGAAUGUCUGACCGGACUUGUCAACGGACAGGCCUACCAGUUGGCCGCAGUCAUGCAGUCGGCCCAACUGGCUGCGGCCCUGCAGCACCAACAAGGUCUCAUGGCGGCCGUGGUGGCCGCCGCCAACGGACUUGCCGGACCACCGCCGCCACCACCAGCACCGCUGGCGAGAUUGCCUCCAGCCGGUCUGACACAUUUGCUGAAGCCACCGGCCACCUUACACGACCUCCACCUUCAUGGUCAGAUGCCCUUCUUCCCGGGACACCCACCUCUUCAACACCGGCCGCCUCAGCAUCAUUCUCACUACCACCAACAUCAGCAUCCGCACCAACAACAACCGAUACACCCACACCAGCAUCAGCAUCAACUGCAUCCACAUCAUGUCGUCCCGAAUGGCAGUCAGACGGCCGUAUUUGCGCACCACUUCUCCGUGUUGCCGGGCGACACGGCCGCGAUAAACACCCACCCACGUAUGCAGGCUGACCUGACGGCCUUUAGCCUCGGGGUGAGCAAGACGUAA